CUACCUUCGUAUAAAGUGCUGCAGUCCCACGAUCUCUUCCUCGUGUAUCUUAGUUAAUUAUCUAAUUAGCCCCCCAAAAUAUCGAUAGCCAUAAUAAGAAAUCAAGGGGACAAUAUGGCAUUUCAUGAUUUUAAGGUGCUCUUACCCGUUCUGUGCGUUAUUCUACUUAUACUUUCAUCAGGAACCAAACUUUCUGAGUCCGCAAGAGUCUUCACCGUAGUAAAUAAUUGCAAAGAGACAAUCUGGCCUGGAGUUUUUCCAGGGGAGAACUUUAAUGGCGGCGGUUUUGUACUCAAACCAGGCCAAUCCCAAGUUUUCACCGCUCCGGUGAGUUGGUCCGGCCGGAUAUGGGGACGAACCGGCUGCAAAUUUGACAGCGCAGGCAGCGGCUCAUGCCAGACCGGUGCCUGCGGUUCUACUCUCAAGUGCGGAGCCUCGGGGGAAACCCCGGCUUCACUCGCCGAGUUCACCCUCGCAGCACUUGACUUCUACGAUGUCAGCCUUGUCGACGGCUUUAACUUGCCCAUAACUGUUACACCCAUCAAUGGAAAGGGAAACUGCAGCGUUGCAGGAUGCGACGGCGACUUGAGGAAAGACUGCCCGUCGGAGUUAUCCGUGAAAGCCAAGGGGAAGGUGGUUGCGUGCCGAAGUGCAUGCGAUGUUUUCAACACGGAUGAGUAUUGUUGCAGAGGAGUUUUUGGGAAUCCAGUUACAUGUCUACCAACGUUUUAUUCGAAGAAGUUUAAGCAGGCUUGCCCAACCGCUUACAGUUAUGCGUACGAUGAUCCCUCCAGUAUAUUUACGUGCGCCGGGACCGGCGACUAUGUCAUCACCUUCUGCUCAUCCAGGAGCCACAAAGCGUGCACGUAUCAUGACAAGAAGCUCGUCUGCAGCGCGUCAAGAGGCUUAAAAUCUUUGAUUAAUGGAAGAUGGUCGGCUCUGAUUAUUCUUGCAGCGAUGUUGAUACUUAAUUUGGGGAAUAUGAGUUCAUUAAAAUAAAUUAUAUAUCUGUUUUUCUUUUUUGGAUGGUUGGAGCUUCUGUAUAUAGUACUCCACAUGAUCAUGUGUCUACAAUAUUAUUCUGUAAAUUAUAAGUUAUGUAUAUAAUUUUUUUCAUUUUUUUAUUUACUCUACUAAAAAUAAUCUAAUUAAUGCUCAUUUGGUUGCUCCCAUUCCACACAUAAA